UAAGAGCCCCUCCAACCCGUACAUUUCCCCUCACUCUUGCACCAUCACAGUGCUCUUUCUAAUUCAUCUUGACACCUUUCCUGCUGACCUUUGCCCCUCCAGACGACAAUUACCGACCCAGUGAUUCUGCUGCCUUAGAAGGUUUGAGCUACGUCAAGCGUCUUGAUCAAGCUUACUCCACGUUCUCGCGAGCCAUUCUUUCCAUAGUUCGCACUCGUGGGGAGACAUGUAAGCACGUGACCCGGCUUAUGCCGCGGGCGCUUGUUCACUUGAGCUCCGACCAACCGUGGCUCACUCACGACUCAACCACCCAGCCUCAUCGAACGCGCGCAUUACCCAUCUUGUCGCUGUCCCCCUCGUCGCCAUUUGUCACUUCGAAGCUGCCUGAUUGUUGCAAUCAUGUUGUACGAAACUGACAAUUAUGAGCAGCGCGACCGAUCACCUCGCAGACGAUCGCGCUCACCGCGACGCUCCAGACGAUCAUACUCCCCUCGCAGCCGCUCACGCAGCCGAGACGACUAUCGCCGCAGUGAACGUCGUUCGCGGUCCCCAACAGGUGGUGCACAGGGGUCUGGGAGCUAUCAGUCAUACGGAGCUAGUCGCGGAGGAGCGCCUCGUUCUACAGAAAAUAAGGACAACAUGAUGCAAAGCAUCCGCGACUCUUCCCAGCAGGACCGCCGCGUCUAUGUCGGCAACUUGUCGUAUGAUGUCAAGUGGCAUCAUCUGAAGGACUUUAUGCGACAAGCUGGCGAAGUCCUCUUCGCCGAUGUUUUAUUGCUCCCGAACGGAAUGUCAAAGGGCUGUGGCAUCGUGGAAUAUGCAACUCGGGAGCAGGCUCAGAAUGCCGUGGCGACGCUCAGCAACCAGAACCUAAUGGGCCGACUCGUAUACGUUCGCGAAGACCGAGAGGCCGAGCCUCGAUUCACCAAUCCCGGUUCCUCGCGCGGAGGUUUCGACGGCGGCAUGGGCCGCGGCGGAUUCCAGGGUGGCUUUGGUGGUGGUCCCCAAGGUGCCGCCCCCGGAGGCGGCAGCAGGCAGAUUUACGUUGCCAACCUGCCCUAUAACGUUGGCUGGCAAGAUCUAAAGGAUCUUUUCCGUCAAGCUGCGCACACCGGUUCUGUUCUUCGCGCGGACGUCCACAUUGCACCCGAUGGCCGACCAAAGGGCUCUGGUAUCGUUGCCUUCGAGACCGUUGACGAUGCGAGGAACGCCAUCACCCAGUUCAACGGUUACGACUGGCAGGGCCGCAACCUCGAAGUUCGCGAAGACCGAUUCGCUGGUAACACUGGCUUUGGUGGACGAGGCGGUUUCGGAGGCCGUGGUGGUUUCGCAGGAGGCUUUGGAGCUCGUGGUGGGUUUGGUGGUCGCGGAGGCUUCGGUGGAGGUGCUGCUGGUGGCUUCGGAGGACGUGGUGGGUUUGGUGGAGGCUUUGGUGGUCCACCUGCAGGUGGUUUCGACCCCAACGGCCCUUCCAACCCUCCAAACCCUUUCACCGAUUUCGCUGCAUCAGGCGGUGAGCCCAGCAACUUGAUCUAUGUCCGCAACUUGCCCUGGUCCACCAGCAACGAGGAUCUCGUUGAGCUAUUCACCACAAUUGGCAAGGUGACACGGGCCGAAAUCCAGUACGAGCCUAACGGCCGAUCUCGUGGAACAGGUGUCGUCGAGUUUGAGCAGCAGCCAGAUGCUGAAACCGCAAUCGCCAAAUUCACAGGGUACCAGUAUGGUGGCAGGCCUCUUGGCCUCUCGUACGUGAAAUACACCAACCAGAACAACGGUGACGUUAUGGAGGGCACUGAGCACACUGGCGGCCUUACACAAGACCAAAUCAUGUGAAGUGGUUUUCAGUGGGGUGCGUAGGUGUAUUCAUGCUCGAGCGGGAAGGGAGUUUGUUUGCCCGCUCCAAUGUGGGCUUGUUCAUGUUAGGGGACAUAUUUCACACAUAUUCGCUCCUAUAAGACUGCUUUUUAGCAGGAUCAUCUGCGCCUUUCUUAUGGAUCAUUUGGAGGACAAAAUUUUCUUACUGUAUUCUAAAAUGCGAACUAUGGAGUU